GAAAAAAAAAGCAAAAAAUUAGAAUUAAAAUAUCAACAAUGGCUCCAGAUAAAGUCCUCUCGUCUCCUGCUCUCCCCAGCAACGAGCCCGGCACCGUCCUCGUCGAAACUGCCAACCUCAUCAUCCGCCGCUGGAGCAUCUCAGAUGCGCCGGCUCUUGCCAAGGCGGCCAACUAUCCCUCAGUCGCAGAAAACCUACGAGACCGAUUUCCUAUGCCGUACAGCUACGCCGAUGCCGAAGACUACCUCACCAAUUACACCUUCUCUCCUGAAGGAUACCCCAGUGCUGUAGCAAUAUUCGUCAAGCCCAACGCCGGCCACAACACAUCCGACGAGCCGCUAUUCAUUGGUGGUGCAGGCUUAGAGUCCAAGGGCGACGUCUAUUACCGCACCUGGGAGCUGGGCUACUGGCUCACACCAUCUGCCUGGGGCCACGGCUAUGCAACCGAGUUUGCCAAGGCCAUUGUGCCAUGGGCCUUUGAGACGUGGCCGCGGCUGAACAGAAUCGAGGCGAUGGUCUAUGCGAGGAAUGAAGCGAGCCAGAACGUUUUGCGAAAAUGCGGGUUUACGCUGGAGGGGCGGAGAAGAGGGAUGUCGGAGAAGAACGGCGAGAUUCUUGACGAGACCAUCUGGGGGAUUCUCAGAAGCGACAUCAAGCAAUGAAGAUGCUUUCAGUAUGACGACUGUUGAUAUAAAUUGAC